AUGUCCAUGUCCCAAUUCACCCUCUUCAAGGCCCUCCGCCUCUCCCUCCUCCUCCCCCUCCUAUCCAGCUUCCUCGUCAACCAAGCCCACGCCCGCAGACGCCCCACCACCUCGCAACGCCCAACCACAACCUCAAUCUGCGACUACUACACCCCGCAGAUCCUCGGCGCCGACACCGCCGCCGCCCAGCAGCUCCUGAUCACCCUCCUCGUCAACACCUUUGUCAUUGGCAACUACACGACGCCGAACACGGGGCAUGCCGUCGCGGGGAUCGCGGCGCCCGCGGUGUACAAUGGGACGGAGGUGGCGUUGCUGCCGUAUUUCACGGGCGAGCUCAAUUCGACGAAUACGGGGGGUGACUCGGAGGUGGGCGCGUCCAAGUUGUUUUUGGAUGACGGGGCCGCCGAGCCGCUGGCGAGGAAUAUGUCGAGUGCGGGCGAUGUGCAGUCGGCGCAAUACAACCUCCUCACGCACAUCUACCAGUACUUUGGCCACCUCCUGGGCUGCAGCCGCCAGGGCGCGCCCGCGUUCCCCAACUACCAGGGCCGAACGAGCAUGUACGAAGUGCACCGCUACAUGAACCUCGACUACACGCAAAUGACCUUCUUCAUAACCCAAGUCCGCGACUCGGCCAUCUCGCUCGGAAUCGCCCCCGCCGACGCCGCCGUCCUCGUCGAUAUCCUCAAUACAUCGUUUAAUACGCGCUGCAGCCCUGCAACGGUCAUCACCUACCAGAGAGAGGGACAGCAGCAGCAGAUCGGCGACACGCCGGAGUUUCAGGCCGUUUGCAUUGCGGAUGACUGUCCUCUGGCCCCGGAGGCGGACUGCGCGGCGUAUCCGCUGAAUGGGCGGGCGUUGGUGCCGGUUAAUGUGACGGGGCUGGCGGAUUCGGGGUCGAACUCGACUGGUUCUGGUUCUGGUUCUGGUUCUGGUUCUGGUGGUGAUACUGGUAGUGCUGGUAACGAAACGACGACCUCGGGGGGUGCAGAUGGGCCGGUGCAGACUGGUGGUGCGGCUGCUGUGGGAGCGGGAUUCCUCGGUGGACAGGUGUGGGAGGUUCUUCUGACGAUUUUGGUGGUGAUGUUUAGUGUUGAGAUGCCGAGUUUAGGACGCGAGGCUUAG